UCUCACUUUUGGGAGUUCAUAGCUGGCUCAGUUCUGAAAGUCAUUUUCCCUUACUCUGAUACUUCUGGCCACAUAGCCCUAUUCUUGUCUCCUGAAGCUUCCCUGUUAAGGAUGGCUGCUCAACUGACUCAAAGAGUUGCUCUCCCCCUGCUGCUGUUCCUAACACCAACAGUGCUAUCAACAUGGUAUGCAGGCUCAGGCCACGAUCCAGAUGAAAGCUACAAUGAAGUGUAUGCAGAAGAGGUCCCAGCUGCCCGCACCCUGGACUACAGAGUCCCCCGAUGGUGUUAUACAAUGAAUAUCCAGGAUGGAGAAGCCACAUGCUACUCACCAAGGGGAGGAAAUUAUCACAGCAGCCUAGGCACACGUUGUGAGCUCUCCUGUGACCGGGGCUUUCGACUGAUUGGACGGAGGUCGGUACAAUGCUUGCCAAGCCGGCGUUGGUCUGGAACUGCCUACUGCAGGCAGAUGAGAUGUCAUGCACUGCCAUUCAUCACUAGUGGCACCUACACCUGCACAAACGGAGUGCUGCUUGAUUCCCGCUGUGACUACAGCUGUUCCAGUGGCUACCACCUAGAAGGUGAUCGCAGCCGCAUCUGCAUGGAAGAUGGACGAUGGAGUGGAGGAGAGCCUGUAUGUGUAGACAUAGAUCCACCCAAGAUCCGUUGUCCUCAUUCCCGUGAGAAGAUGGCAGAGCCAGAGAAAUUAACUGCUCGAGUAUACUGGGACCCACCCUUGGUGAAAGAUUCUGCUGAUGGUACCAUCACCAGGGUGACACUUCGGGGCCCAGAGCCUGGUUCUCACUUCCCUGAAGGAGAGCAUGUGAUUCGUUACACUGCCUAUGACCGAGCCUACAAUCGGGCCAGCUGCAAGUUCAUUGUAAAAGUACAAGUGAGACGCUGUCCAGUUCUGAAACCACCACAGCAUGGCUACCUCACCUGCACCUCCGCAGGGGACAACUAUGGUGCCACCUGUGAAUACCACUGUGACGGUGGUUAUGAACGCCAGGGAACCCCAUCCAGAGUCUGCCAAUCAAGUCGACAGUGGUCAGGAUCACCACCUGUCUGUACUCCUAUGAAGAUUAAUGUCAAUGUCAACUCAGCUGCUGGCCUCCUGGAUCAGUUCUUUGAGAAACAGCGACUCCUCAUAGUCUCAGCUCCAGAUCCCUCCAAUCGAUACUACAAAAUGCAGAUCUCCAUGCUGCAGCAAUCCACCUGUGGACUAGACCUGCGGCAUGUGACCAUCAUUGAGCUGGUGGGGCAGCCACCUCAGGAGGUGGGGCGCAUCCGGGAGCAACAACUAUCAGCCAGCAUCAUUGAGGAGCUCAGGCAAUUCCAGCGCCUCACUAGUUCCUACUUCAACAUGGUGUUAAUUGACAAGCAGGGCAUUGACCGGGAACGCUACAUGGAACCUGUCACCCCUGAGGAAAUCUUCACCUUCAUUGAUGACUACCUGCUGAGCAACCAGGAGCUGGCACAGCGAAGAGAGCAAAGGGAUGCGUGCGAGUGACCCUGAGCCAGGCUGGGGCUGAGGACACUGGACUAAAAAAGGUUGCUUGAACCAUUGCUGCAUCAAGGGUUAGAAAAACAUUUUCUCCAGAGUUUGGGAAGCACCACCCAGCCAUGGCAGGAUGUUCCCUCCUAGCUACUCCAAUUAGUUUGUGGGCAAGAACGCCUGCUACUGAGGUCGUUAGUGCCCCUGAUGGUGGCCCUUCAUUAGAGGAUCCCCCAGUCUGUGAACUAGAUUUACCCCAAUUGGGGAAAUGACUCAGCUGGUAAAAUGCUUGCCAUGUAAGCAUUUGGACCUGAGUUUGAUCCCCAGAAGCCAUGUUAAAUAGCUAGAUGUGGUGUAAAAUAGCUAGAUGUGGAAGCCCAGUGCAGAGGUAGAGAUAAACAGAUCUGUGGGGAUCCUGGUCUAGUGGUGAGUACCAGGCCAAGCAAGAAACACUAUCUCAAGAAACAUGGUAAAGGGCCUGAGGAACAUAACCCAAGACUGGCAUUUGAUCUCUACAAUCUCCAUACACAGGCACAUACUUGUGUACGCACAUGUACUCACACACCGCCACCGCCGCCGCCACCACCACCAAAUAUAGCAGGAAAGCAAAGGGGAUAGCGUCAUGCAUUGACUUUCUCAGAUACCCACUUUUAAGAGAUGAGCACAGAGCAGGUAGCUAAAGGAGCCAAAGGUCAAGGUUAGGAACCAGGCCUGAAAGUCAACUUGAGGUUGGGCAUUUGGGAAAUGGAGCCACACACAGAUCCCUGCUUUUGCUUUUUCUUUCUUCCUUUGGUUUGCAUCUUUAGUCGCCUGACUCCCUGCCCCUCUUUGCUGGGCAUUAAAGCCAGGAUCUUCUUCAUGCCAAACUCUGCUGCUGAGGUGCAUCUCCAGCUGCAGGUUUCUGCUCUAACUUGUGUCUCACAAGGGGUGUUUCACCAGUGAUUGAAAAAAAAAUGUUCUUCCCUUGCUUCUGAGAACUGUCUCUUGUACAGUGAUGGAAGCCAGAAUCAUAGUCAAGUCUCAGAUGCCCUGUUCCUUCAGCUUUUUCCUGGGCACCAUCAUUGGGCAACUGAAAACAGCAGGCAGGCUGGGUGGGGAGGCAGAGAUAACAAUGCUCAAGAACCUACUGUGUGUCAGAUGCCAUUAUAAACACAUUCUUGAUUGACUCAGAAGUCUGCCAAGAGCCAUAGAAGGUAGGAGUUGUUAUUAGCUCCAAUUUACUGAUAAAGGAAUUGAAUCCCAGAGAGGCUAGGCAAUAUGUUAGGAUCCCACAGCUAAUAAGUGGCAGUUAGGCAUAGACACCAGCAGCCAGGCUCCACUAUGCCAUCUGACCUCUAUUUCUUUUU